AUGUUGCCACUGAGCUAUCUUGGCUGCGUCAACAUUGGCGUACGCCUAGUCAGGGAGCAGUUUCCAGACGCGCAGCUCUACGAAGUCCAGGGGGCUGCCCCCAACAAUGCCGCUGUCAUGCGCGUGACCGAAAUCACACACCUACACCUUGUGUUCCAAGCCGAAGAGGGCAGGGGCACGGCAUUCAUCACUACGGCCGGCAGCUGGGGUGAGUUUGGCCCCGUGUACUAUGUUGGUCAGCCAUGGCUGGAAGACGUUGUCAUUCCGUGGCCCAUCGACAUGGAUGCCAGCGAGGCAGACAAGCUUCUGAGGGCGGAAUACCACGGUCCUUACGACAGUAUGCUCCUGCGUCAUCCCCUGUACCCAGGCGACGACGAACCAUACUACAUCUUUCACAUGGUGGAUAUCGGCUUUGUAUUUGUCGGUGUCAAUUCGAAGAAGGUUUUCCGGCCGGCUCAGGACCUGGCGGAGAAGAUGGCCAUUCCGACGUCGGUUGCGAAGAAGGACUGA